UGGUCCCUCUAAACCUAAAAAGGUUUUCUUCUUCUUCGCUGCCUGCAACACAAGUCUGCUGCUCUUCCACCGGACCUCCACCGCUACUCCUCCGAUUAUCCGACGGAAGCGCGGGGUCUAGCCUAGCCUAGCCUUCAAUUUAGUAAUCAUUAGAAAAUGCCACUAUAUGAUUGCGUGCUUCUUUUGAAGCCACACGUAAGGAAGGAAGCAUUGAUCGAUUUGGCAUCUCGAGUAGGAAAACAUGUUCAAAAUAGAAAUGGUGUUGUUACUGAUAUUAGAUCGUUUGGCGAAAUUAAGUUGGGUUAUGGUAUUAAGAAGCGCGAAAGCAGAUAUUUUCAGGGCCAGUUGAUGCAGAUGACAAUGAUGGCCACACCCAACAUCAACAAGGAGCUACAUUAUUUGAACAAGGAGGACCGCUUGCUGCGAUGGCUACUUGUUAAACAUCGAAACACGAAAUAUGGGUUGGACUUUCAGCGCGAUGAUGAUGCUAGAGAUGAGCUAAUGAAACUUUCACCUGGUAUCUCUUUUGAUGAUGCGAGUGACGAGGAUGAUGAUGACGAUGAUGUUGAGUAUGACGAGAGCCAAGAGGAGAAGAAAGAACAUUGACUACAUAACGAACUUGAAAGGUCUUCUUUAUCAUAUGGCAAGUGGUAAUUUCAAGCAAACCGUAGGUAUUUCGUUAGAAAUGAAUAGCUUUCCAAAUUUGAACUUCAUUACAUGCUCAAUUUGGAUUUAAGCAGAAGUUAUGCUCUUCAGAUUGAUUAGACUCCUAAAUCCUCAACAUUAUAUGGUGAGAACUGAGAAGCCUUAUAUUGACUGACUCGAUAUAAUUGGAGAAUUUUAGAGGCCUGAAAUUUGUAGGCGAAGGUUCGCUAGAAAAGGCAUUAAUAAUGUAAAAGGUUGAUUAUAAUGUUAGUGAAAGUGGAUAUAUAGGUAGUAGGAUGGUCCAUGUGUUUCCAAUCUUCUCCACUUCUUAUCUUGUGGUCAUAACAGUCAUUUUCUGCUAGAAUUUGCAACUUUAGGAUAAAAAAACCAUAACAUUAGGUUCAGUACUACGAUCUUGGCUCUGUUCGAUAGACAACGCCAUAUAUCAUUAGCAUCAGUAUGAAACAAUACUAACCGGUUUAGUUAUUUUUUUGCAUACUUGUUGAAAACAUUCACACCUUUAUCAGCCAUUCUAAUUUAAUCGUCUAAGUUAAUUUUA